CAUUGGAACAACAGCUUUUCGGUUGGAUAAAUCUGUUUUAACUCGCUGAAUUAUGCUCCGAUUUGCCACGGAGCUUUGAUGAAAAGAUAAAAAUAAUAGCAGUAUAGACCCGCAGGCCGAAAUAUAGCGAUUAGCGAAGAAACAAGCAAGGAGAAGAGCUAAUUCUAAUUUCUAAGAAGAAGGCCCGCCUCGGGGGAUGUUGCUAUUCGUUGUCUCUAUCAUCGGGAGAAAUCGCGAUCCUGCUCACUCCUGAUCUUAGGUUUCACUUUUGUUCUUCCCUCUUUUCGUCUUUGAUCUCUAUCUUUCCCUCUUCUACUUUCUUCAACUCUCUCUAUUUCCCUUCUCAAAUUUCUUGCAACAAGUUUUAUCGUUACCUCCUCUUCUUCCGUCGUUAACGCCUCGUCGAGCAAACUCCCUAGACUGCUGCCCGAUGGAAAACGGAGGAGGUAUAUCUCGUUUCCCCUUCCACCAUUAGGUGUCUUAUCAAUGGGAGCAGUGACUGGGAGAACGAAAUUCGUUUCUUCUCCAUUCAUGGGAGGAGACCCCGUUCUAAAUAUAUGGGACGUUGUAUGAAAAACAUCAGGUCAUCUCUGAGUUCCUUCAGAGGUGAAAUUAAUGGUGGAUUUGAAGUGGAUCUGAAUUUUCCUUCAUCAAUAAUGGAUUCUAAUGCGAUCAUGGGCGUAGAGCCAUGCCUUGGCAUGGAAUUUGAAUCUCAUGAAGAUGCAUAUUCAUUCUAUAAAGACUACGCCAAGAGUAUGGGGUUUGGAACUGCCAAAUUAAGCAGCCGUCGUUCCAGAGCAUCCAAGGAAUUUAUUGAUGCUAAAUUUUCAUGCAUAAGAUAUGGCAAUAAGCAACAGUCUGAUGAUGCUAUCAACCCACGACCUUCACCAAAAAUUGGUUGUAAAGCGAGCAUGCAUGUCAAGAGAAGACAGAAUGGGAAGUGGUAUGUUUAUAGUUUUGUAAAGGAUCAUAAUCACGAGCUUUUACCAUCUCAAGUUCAUCUUUUUAGAAGCCACCGUAAUAUCGAUCCACUCAAGAAUGAUGUCCGAAUUCGGAGACGGAAGAAUUUAGCUGCUAUGUCUAAGCUGUUCAGUGCUUACCAAAAUGUUGAUUGUUUAGAAAGCUAUGUGAGAAACCAGCAUGAUAAAGGCCGCACUUUGGUUCUAGAAUCAGGGGAUGCACAGAUUUUGCUUGAACUUUUUAUGCAUAUGCAAGAAGAAAAUCCAAAAUUCUUUUAUGCAGUUGAUUUGAAUGAAGAGCAUCAGUUGCGCAAUGUGUUCUGGGUUGACGGCAAAGGAAUGGAAGAUUAUGCACACUUUGGAGAUGUAGUUUCACUUGACACCACGUAUUUCACAAACAAGUAUAAACUUCCAUUAGUUCUUUUUAUAGGAGUGAACCAUCAUAUUCAACCUACUUUACUUGGUUGUGCAUUGAUUGCAGAUGAGACAGUUUACACAUUUCUUUGGUUAAUACAAACAUGGUUUAUAGCAAUGGGAGAACGAGCUCCGAAGGUGAUACUCACCGACCAAAAUAACUCUAUUAAAGCAGUCAUUGAGGCAGUUCUUCCUGGGACACGUCAUUACUUUUGUCUGUGGUAUAUUUUGGAGAGGAUUCCGAAAGCUCUCGAGUUUUUAAGCAUGUGGCAUGAGACUUUUAUGGAGAAGUUCAAGAAGUGCAUUUUUAAGUCAUGGACGAAGGAGCAGUUUGAAAAGAGGUGGCAGAAAUUGCUCGAUAGAUUUAAUCUUAGAGAAGUUGAGUGGAUGCAAUAUUUGUAUGAUGAUCGUGCUUAUUGGGUGCCUGCUUUUGCAAGAGAUGUAUCUUUUGCUGGCUUAUGCACAUCUUUGCGCAUGGAAAGUUUGAACUCUUGUUUUGACAAAUACGUUCAGAUGGAAACAUCCUUGACAGAGUUUAUAGAGCGAUACAGAGACAUUCUUGAGGAGCGAUAUGAGGAAGAAGCAAAGUCAAAUUUUGAUGCUUGGCAUGAAACACCUGAGUUGAAGUCUCCAUCUCCUUUUGAGAAACAAAUGUCACUAGUAUAUACUCAUGAAAUCUUUAAAAAAUUCCAAAUGGAGGUUUUGGGAGCUGCUGCAUGUCAUCUUAAGAAAGAAACUGAAGAUGAAACUACUACAACAUACACUGUCAAAGACUUUGAAGAUGGUCAGAAUUAUGUAAUUGAAUGCAGUGACUCAAAAUCAGAUAUAUACUGCUCCUGUCGUUCAUUUGAGUAUAAAGGUUUUCUCUGUAGACAUGCCAUUAUUGUGCUCCAAAUGUCUGGCAUUUUCAGUAUACCAUCCAAAUAUAUAUUGCAGCGUUGGACUAACACUGCUAUGAGCAUGAAUCCAAUUAACGAAAAGUUGGAUGAGGUUCAAUGUAAGGUCCGUCGUUUUAAUGAUCUUUGUCGAAGAGCUAUAAUAUUGGGCGAAGAAGGGUCUCUGUCUCAGGAGAGUUAUGACAUUGCACUUUCUGCAAUUAAUGAAGCUUUGAAACAAUGUGCAACUGUACAUAGUUCUGUGGAAAGUGAUGUGAGGCCUGACACCUCAGCCAUUCUUGUUUUCGGUAUUGAGGAUGACAACCAAUGCAGCAACUUAGCUGUUGAUAAUGCUCCUGAUCUCAAAGUUAUAAAUACAAAAAAAAGUUCUAAGAGAGCAGGUUCGAGCAAGGAAUCUGCAGUCAAUGAAAACAACAAAAAUGGAAAGGUACCUCAACUGUUGGAUACAAAUGCCAGAUCCCAGGAUGACUUCAAUCAAAUGCAGGAUUUAAGUAAUGUCCGGCCAAUCCAAUUGCAGAUAUCAUCGGCGCAAUUUCAUAACAUGGUGCCCACACUGCUUCAUAAUGUGACAUCAACACAGUUCCAUAGCAUGCCUUCUGCACAUUUGCAUGAGAAUCGUCUUCCUCCUUGACCUGUCGUAGUAAUCUCUGUAAAUAUUUACACCUUAUAUAAACUACUUGACAAUCAAUAUCUGCAAAAUCAUGUAAUCGUCUUGAAGAUGCCAGAUGCAGAUGAUGGUGCGGCCGCCAGGCUCAAGUAUGAACAGUUUUUGUUAUUCCAACUUGUGUCUGUAGCCUGUUUGGUUGCAUAAUUCUCUAUAUUUCUCUUCCUCCUUAUUCUUUUUAAAUUUGAAAGUAUAAAAAGUUGGGAUGCUUUUUCAAGUAUGAUAAAAUAAAUCCAUCCGGAUCCGGCAUUUAAG